UCCCCCAAUUUCUAAAGACAUUGUUGAGAAUCUUAGAGACACACAAUGACCAAGGGGCCUGGCCCUUCACUGAAGUCCUGGUCUGGGGGUCUGUGUGUCUACUGUAGCCUCACAAGCCCUCUCUGCCGGCCCCCUGUCUCCCUCAGGUCCAGUGUCCCGCCCCAUCCUCACCCUCAGGGAGCCGGGGGCCCAGGUCUUCCCUGGGGACAUGGUGGAGCUUUGCUGUGAGGCCCAGAGGGGCUCUCCCCCGAUCCUGUACCGGUUUUAUCAUGAGAAUGUCACCCUGGGGAACAUCUCGGCCCCCUCUGGAGGAAGAGCGUCCUUCAACCUCUCUCUGACCGCAGAACAUUCUGGAAACUACUCCUGUGAGGCCGAUAACGGCCUGGGGUCCCAGCUCAGCGAUGCGGUGUCACUCACUGUCACAGGGACCGAUAGCUACAGAAGAGACCCUGUCACGGCCAGAGUUCUUGGGGUGCUGUGCGGUGGCCUCGGUUUCAUCACUGCGGCUCUGCUGUUUUAUUACUGGUCCCACAAGAGAUCAGGUUGGUUAUCUGCCAUCUGUUUUGAUUGCCGUUACUGCUGCGAACUUUUCCAUUACUGACAUAGAUUGGAUUUGAAAAAAAGAAAGAAACCAAAGCUCCCCAAGUCUGAUUAGUUCUUUCAUGAUUUUCUAAGGUUCCAUGCAGUGGGCAAUGCAGCCGUAUUCCUCGUUUUAGAAUAUGUCAGGUCCCGUUGCGUGUGAAUUAAAGCCAUUAACAUAGUCCUUCAUGAUUGCCUUUCACAUAAAAAUGUCCAAUUAUUACCUCAUUUAAUAACCUUCAAUAGACAUAAUCAGUUUAUAUACAGCGGAGUGAAACAUAAUAAGUACUGGAUUUGAAGGAAUGAAAACAAGUGAGUACAUUUUCUUCUUUAUCACUUUCUUAUUAGUUACCUACUCAUGGCAAGAGCAGUGACUCCUCUUUGAAUUCUUGGGUGUCUCGCAUGGGUCACGUGGGGCAUUGGCACGCACACGUGGUGGCUGGCAAUGGCUGGAGAAAGGGGCCUCCACGGGGGCUCUCAGCCAGAGCACGCGCACUACCUCUCCGUGUGGCCUGGACGCCCUCGCAGCAGGAUGCCCGCAGGGCAGUCACACGUUUUCCAUGCUGGCUUCUGCUUCAAAAGUAGGCGAAUCUGCCACGUCUUUUUCCAGCG